GCGUCAUACGUCAUCCGGAACGCUUCAUCCAGCGAUAUUCAUACAGUGUUCUGCAUGAAUCUAUCUGUUUACGUGAGAUGUCUGCCAUGUCUUCAGAGAUGGAGUCUCAGAAUGCAAACCUAAACUGUUCCAUUUGCCUGGAGUUCUUCCGGUAUCCUGUAACCAUCCCCUGCGGUCACACCUUCUGUAAAAACUGCAUCAGCAAGCACUGGGACAUUAAGAGCCAGUCUGACAUUGGCCCUCAGUGCCCCAUCUGCAAUGAGGAGUUCAAAAUUAGACCUGUCUUGAGGCGUAAUGUGUCCUUGUCGGUCCUGGCAGAGACUGCAAACAGCGCUGGCCCCUCAUGUAGGGAUGCUCUGGUGAGAGGAGGUGAAGGGGCCAGAGCCAUGCUGCUGUGCGAGCGCCAUAAAAAGCCUUUGGUUUAUUACUGCAGGCAGGACAAAAGGUCUGUGUGCAACGAAUGUGAAAAGUCAGAGUGCGUGAACCAUGAAAGGGUCAUAUUGGAGGAAGAAAGGGAAACUCAAGAGCUGCUGCUGGAAAGGAAGAAUACAGACGUGGGGAAACUGCUUGAAGAGACGCAGAAAAGUAUAAAUGACUUGGCUGAGAAUAUCAAUCAAGCUAAGGUAACUCUUGAGCAGACGUCAGCCUGGGUGAACGCCAAGUUUUCUAACCUGAUGAAAAUCCUGUCCGAGAAGCAGGAGGCAACAGCGCUUUUUAUUGAGGUGCAAAAGCAGGCAGCCCUCACGGAGGCAGACGCGCGGCUAACCGAACUCAGCGAGCGCUCCCGCCUGCUCAGAGAGUGCCAAGACCAAAUUGCGGCACUACAUAACCUCCCUGAUACUGACCUCAUCAGGGAAUCAUUGCACGUAGAAGUCCCGCGCUUCAAGGACAUUUCCACAGAUGUGACUUCGACCCUGCAGGAUCGAUUAAACGGCGUCACCGACAUCCUCUCCCGAGUGUCUAAGCUGGUGUCUGAGGACCUGGAGAAAGCUGUGACCACCGCUGUGGGUCAUGACAGAGAAGGUUCUCCUCAGGACAAGAGGCCAGUACUCGCUGUGGUUCCCAGCCCUGCUGCUCCGUGCUACCCAGUUGGGAAGGAGGGCCUCAGUGCUUACCGAUGCUCUCUGACUUUUGACCCGCGGACAGCCAAUGGGCAUCUAGUUCUUUCCCAGGAGAACCGCAGGGCUGAGCACUUGACAUCAGGGCCACGCGCUGUCCCCGCACAUGAAGCCCGCUUUGAUCACACCUGGCAGGUGCUCUGCUUUCAGGGAUUCAAACACGGACAGCACUACUGGGAACUGGAGGUGUCCAAGCCUUGGGCCUACCUCGGGGUAACCUACGAGAACAUCCCCAGGAAGGAGAAGGGCAAGAGAUGCAUGGUGGGAAUGAAUGAACUGUCCUGGAGCCUGCAACUGGACGAGCACCAGCUCAGCGCCUGGCACAACGGCCGGCGGGAGACCAUCCCCGGCAACUCCCAUCACAGCCGCAUCGGCAUGCUGCUGGACUACGAGGCGGGUACACUUACCUACUACGGAGACGGGCAGACAAGGCUGCACGCCUUCCACUGUGCCUUCACCCAGGAGCUGUUUCCCGCCUGCUGGAUAGGAGAGGGGGUCAGCAUCACCCUCUGCUCUUCAUGAGUGGACUUGUAAAAGAGGGGAACAAGUGGAAUUCUAGGAAUACUAUGAAUCAUGGCCACAAUCUGACUUGACAUAAAGAACCCCCCGCCUCCAAACAGUCUAGGAGCUUCUUUUAAAUUCACUUUUCUCUUCUGGGACGACCGCCUUCCUACAUUGUUUUUAGUAGAAGAACUGACUGACUGGGAUUUUCUUUCCUCUAACAUGUUUGCCAUUUGGUUUUGCAUUGUCACUUACCACAAUGUUGCUAAGGAAACAGUUUAUAUGCAUACAUAAGGGGCUUUUAAAAGGAUUUGCAGUUUUAGUUCACACUAAUUCUUUUUUUUAACGUGAUAAAUAAUGUUCAUGUGUCCUAUUUCAGGUAGGAAAAAAACAGUUACAUUUCAGUGGGUCACACUUUUGAACUUUCAUUACCUAAAGCUUAGAAACAAAUGACUCCUCAUGAGACACUGAACUCUGCAUACAUGCUGGAUUAUGUCUUUAAUUAGGGCACACACCCUUGUUGAAACAAAUGUUCUUUUUUCCAAAAUAGGCUUACAAUAUAUGCUGUGUGAUUAGUGAAAAGAUACUUACUGAGGUGGAGGUGAAUGCAUCAGUAAUACUGUGUUGUGUUUCUGUGCCAGCACAGGAGGACAACUUGAACACACUCGGUCUUACACAUGUGUCAGAUUUGAGUAUUCUUGAUUCUGCCCUAAAGAAAUGCACUUCAGGCUACAUGGGAAGAUGGAUGAAACUCCAGUAUUUGAAGUUUCCUAUACGUUGGCGAGGACCUGUUACACUCAUUCCAUUUGAAAAACAUGAAUUGACUUUAAGGGAAAUUUAUAUGAUUCUUUUUAGCAAAGGUGAAAUUCAAUAUUGUCCUGACUUUAUUUUUAAAGUUCAAUUAAAGCAUUAUAUUAGUAGAUUCACCUAUUGUAUCAAUUUGAAUAUCUUCAGUGACUUCACUCAUGAGUUAUCUCAUUCAUAAUAUUUUCAGGAAACUUGACUCUGACCUUGAGGUCGGGUUUACCAAGACAGAAACCGACAGAAAAGCAUAAUGGGUCCACUUUUGUAGCUUUAUGUUCAUCACACAGAGUGAAUUGUAUCAGAUGGAAAUUGAUGAAUAUCCGCCUAUGCCACAGCAUAUGUCCACAUACAAAUGAAAACAGCAAAUGUAAAGGGGAUGCUUGGGGAAAACAAAUUUCAAGGCUCCGAUGUUUAGGGUAAAUACUGUACUCAUACAUGUCCAAACCUCUUAUUGUGUUUUCUGAUAAUAUUCACAUGUAUGCUGAGCUCAUUCUACAGAAGUAUGUGAGCUACUGUAGAUAGGUGAAACAAAAAUGUUGCAGGCUGUAGCGCUACUACUGAGAACACAACUGAAAAUCGAAGGCCGCGUUAUCACAUUGCGAUCUGAUCGUGACUGCGCAAACAAACGGUGCCGACUGCUGACAGUGCUGAGCUGGAAUCUGAUGUAUUGUGCUGGUGUGUGCAUUUUUUGGGGCAGAUGAUUUUUAGAUUAUGAGGGUUUACAAAUCUUAGCUUAGCUGAGAACUUUUAGCACAUUUAAAGUGGGUUACUGCUGUGGAUUUGCACAAGUUUCCUGAGGAUAAGGAACAGCUGAGGAAAAGCACAUUUGGCUGUUUUGGCCUAAUGAUUGGGGGAAAACUUUGUCACUCUUCCUGCCGACUGUUGCAUAUGCUUGUCAGAACUGCUAAUGCACUAUACUGUGGACUAUUAAAACUUGUGAUAGCAAUACUCUGCUGAAAUAAAGACAGACACUUCUGAAUUCUUUAUUAAAAUCCAGUCCAAUGCAUACAUGCAUCAGUUGCGCUCAUGCCUUGUUUUCUUACUCGAGUUGUUAAUUAUUCAAUAAAUUAGUUUGAAUUAAAUACAGAGCUUUAUUUUUAUUUUACACACAGCCAUGACGGAGCAUACAGGAACCCGAUGCAUAGCAUUCUAAAAGUGCAAAGAAUCAGCCGCAGAUGUGCCACAGAUACAGUAUAUAGAUUAGAGACCGCAGAGGAAGGAAGAAUAGAAGAUGAGAUACUCAGAUUGGACCUCAAACUGAAGAGUAAUGAUCACGAAAACAGAAACAGAAGAGUUCACUGAUGGUUCUGUUUGUGUGUAUAAUGUUAAAAAUGCAGUGAAGAUGAAAGCAGGCUGAUGGUGAGUCUGACCGUGCGUCUUCUCUAACGUCUGGAAGCGUAAUAAAAUAGGAAGUGACAUCAUUGGGUGACUGCUUUGCUCUUGCAACAUUAUAAAGAUAAUCCCUCCUGGCAGUCGGUCCCUCCAAAAGCCCAGCCGUCCUCUCCCCCGCUCUAAUCCAGGAUCAGGGAUUGGCUGCUGUGGCUCAACGCCGCUCUAAUCUUUGUGGUCCGCUCGUCGGCCAAAACACGUCAAAGCAGGUAGGGCCACCCUGCCACCCGCUCGUUAAAAAAGCUAGUUCUUCUUUAGGUUAGUGUUCUUGAUAAAAUAAUGUUAUUUUUAAGUCUACAUAUUAAAAGCCUGUACACACAAAUAAUAGAAAAAUAAAAGACUGCGUUCAUUUCGCCUCUGGACAGGUUAGCAAAGUAUUUACUAUCAUUUAUCUGAGUCUAGUUUUAUAGACAGUCACAGGACAUCAUAAGCACAGCUGAAGUUAAGGUUGCUGCACGAUUCUGGGGAGGCUUCCAAGGCAAGAAAUACUAAAAUAGCUCAUCAGGUUACAAGGUUUUAAUCAAAAAGCCCUCAAAACCACUCCAAACACUUUGGCCUGAACAAUCUGUUCUUCCUCAGAGAUUGCUACCAACACUUCUUCUUUGCUACUUUACAUCACGUAAAGGUGCAUUUGAAGAGAAUGAAGCUGAUUACAAUAUAUGAGUCGUUACAAGGAAUGCAGGCUGAGGCGGGAAAGCAAUUGGAUAACUUUAAGGUUAGAUCAAAAUGGAGAUGAGCUGGAAGGAGAUUAGGAUGAAAAAAAUUGAUAAUCUUGGGGGGGGAAAAAGAACA